AUGAACGGUGGAGAUUCGAAUGAACAGAAUCAGCAUCAGCAAUGGAUGGCGAUGCAACAGUACCAGCAGCAGUGGAUGGCGAUGCAGUACCCAGCGGCGGCAAUGGUGAUGCAGCAGCAGAUGAUGUAUAAUCAGCAUUACGUGCCGUACUACCUUCACCAGCAGCAACAGUACCUACCGCACCAACAGCUAUCGUUGCAGCAGAAAGAGAAUAAUCAGAUUCAAAGCUCCAGUGAAGAUAACAAGACGAUCUGGAUUGGUGAUCUCCACCAGUGGAUGGAUGAAAGUUAUAUACAGUCUUGCUUCGCUCAAACUGGCGAGGUUGUUUCUGUUAAAGUUAUUCGUAAUAAGCAGACUGGUCAGUCGGAGAGAUAUGGAUUUGUUGAGUUCAGUUCUCAUGCAGCAGCUGAGAAAGUACUCCAGAGCUACAAUGGUACCAUGAUGCCAAAUGUAGAUCAAACAUUUUGCCUAAACUGGGCAGCCUUUAGCUCGGGUGAUAGGCGGCCUGAUGCUGGCUCUGGUGGCUCUGGCGGCUUUGGUGGCUCCGACUCCGAUUUAUCAAUAUUUGUUGGUGAUUUGGCUUCUGAUGUUACUGAUGUGCUAUUGCAUGAAACUUUUGCUAGUAGAUAUCCAACAGUCAAAGGUGCAAAAGUGGUUGUUGAUUCAAAUUCUGGCCGCUCAAAAGGUUAUGGCUUUGUGAGGUUUAGCGAUGAAAAUGAGAAGAAUCAAGCCAUAACUGAAAUGAAUGGCGUAUAUUGUUCUAGUAGACCUAUGCGAAUUGGUGUUGCAACCCCCAAGAAACAAUCGCCUCAGCAACAGUAUUCUUCACAAGCUGUAAUACUUGCGGGUGGUUAUUCAUCCAAUGGUGCUCUGCCCCAAGGUUCUCAGUCUGACAACGAUUCAUCAAACACAACUAUAUUUGUGGGUGGACUUGACUCUGAUGUAACUGAUGUAGAGCUCAGACAGUCUUUUACUCCAUUUGGUGAGGUUAUCUCCGUUAAAAUACCAGCUGGAAAAGGAUGUGGAUUUGUACAAUUUGCAAACAGAAGCAAUGCGGAGGAUGCAAUUCAGAGAUUAAAUGGAGCAGUUAUUGGCAAGCAGGCAGUUCGUCUUUCUUGGGGACGAAAUCCAGGAAACAAGCAGUCGAGAAUGGAUGCUAAUAAUCACUGGAGUGGACCUUAUUAUGGAAGGCAAGGUUACAAUGGCAAUGGGUAUAAUGCAGGAGCAGUUUAUGUGGCAUCAAAUGGCCAUGGGAACCACCAGCAGCCAGAAUUAGGUUUCGACUUUUGUGCUGCAGAACUCCCUCAUUGUUUUGUUCACUUUGGAAGGACCAAGAAUUGUGGUCUAACUGAAAGGCGGUUUUACUCCGGCCAAGCCACAAAAUCCAUUUUUGUGAAAUUUCUCGCCUAA